UUUAGUUCCUCAUUCAGUUAAUAUACACGAAAUUGGGCAAAAACCCAAUUAAAACCCUAACAACUCAGUCACCGACUCAGCCAUGGACGAGUCCAAACCCUCUCAUUCCUCUCCCUCUCCCCCUCUCUCACCCAUGAGAAUCGCCGACUCGGAACUCGACUCGCCCCUCGCGACGGCCGAGUUCCUCACCCGGCAGGAGCUCCUGAAGCGGCGAUCCCGGCGGGCCAGGCAGCUCGCGCGCUGCUACAGGGCUCACUACUGGGCGCUGAUGGAGGAGCUGAAGGCCAAGCACAAGGAGUACUACUGGAUGUACGGGAAGAGCCCGUACAAGGAGGACGAGGACGUGGAGGACGAGGACGAGGACGGUGAUUGUAAGAAGAGUAGGAGGAGGGAGGGGAGCGGAGGGAACGACGACGAGGAGGCGACGGAGACGAUGGAGAUCAGGAGGUGUGAGGUGACUGGGUGUAAGGCCAAGGCCAUGGCGUUGACGAGGUACUGCCACGCGCAUAUACUCUCGGAUUCCAAGCAGAAGCUCUAUAAGGGGUGCAGUUAUUGCAUCAAGAGUACACAGACAGGGCCUAUUCUCUGUUGUAAGCCUGUACUGAGAUCCACAGUUCCUCUUCUCUGCUCCACUCAUAUGCAAGUUGCAGAAAAACAUCUCAUCCGAGCCCUGAAAAGGGGAGGUCUUAAUAUCUCUUCAACUAAAAAGCUUGCUCCAAAGUUCCAUAUCCUAGUUGCUGAAUGCGUUCGCCAAAUUCAAACUAAAAGAAGAGCUGCACUGAAGGCAACUAUAGCUCAAGUUCAGAUUGAAGAGGAAAUGAGUACACAGACAGGGCCUAUUCUCUGUUGUAAGCCUGUACUGAGAUCCACAGUUCCUCUUCUCUGCUCCACUCAUAUGCAAGUUGCAGAAAAACAUCUCAUCCGAGCCCUGAAAAGGGGAGGUCUUAAUAUCUCUUCAACUAAAAAGCUUGCUCCAAAGUUCCAUAUCCUAGUUGCUGAAUGCGUUCGCCAAAUUCAAACUAAAAGAAGAGCUGCACUGAAGGCAACUAUAGCUCAAGUUCAGAUUGAAGAGGAAAUGAGGUAG